UGUGAGGAAGAAAAAACUGUGGACUGCUUUGAUGAGACCACCAAAACGAGCUUGUUUUCUUCCUCCCAAUCUUAGGGGCGGGGAACUCAGCUGGGCAACCCAAAGAUAUUUUCAAUUUCCAAUAAAAUAAUCCAUCAAUUCCACUCUUCCUGCUUCCCAAUCCCUCCAGACCCCGACCAUGGUUUUCUUCUUCAAUCCAGUCUCCUCCUCCUCCCCAUUUAUCCUCAUUUAUACCUACAUUCUUCCACUGUUUUCUGACUUUCUUACUCUUUCUUUCAGUUUUAUCUUUUUUCCCCCAUUUAUUUCCAUCCACCAUUUUUUCUCCAACUGUUUCACAUUGCUUUGCACUCGCCCGAGUUCCUUUCAAAUCACUGGUCAUAACCCAUUUUCGAUCUCACGUUGUUUCGACGAGUUCGAUUUUCUAUAUAAAUACAUCUGGGAUUCAUUCCGUUCAAGCGGUUUAAGACUUUUGGUCUGAGUUUGGGUUUUUUUUCUUUGUACUGUUAAAUGACUUUACUAAAGGGUGAGACUGAUGGUUCGAGUUUGGUUGAUCAAGCGAGGAAUUUGAUUGCCGAUGUGAGUAAUAAGACGAUAAGGAAGAAGAAAUGCAAUAGGCGGAAGUUGGUUGUCAGUAGGACUUUGAAGAAAGUGAACGUGAACGUUGGGAUUUUGAGGUUGCAGCGGCUUUUCUGGCUCUGCCAAGAUGCAUUCAGAGGUCCCGGCACCGUUCCUUCCCCAGUCCAUGUCAACAGGCUCUGCCAUAUUCUUGGUAUAGUAUCCUGCCUAAUUUUUUUUGUCGUUUGAUUAUUGGGUCUUCAUAUGAAACUAGUAUGCUUCCCUUUUUAGUUGCAAUAGAUAGCUUGUCAUGCAUUUUCUUUUUUUAUUCUGUUAUAAGGACAGAGUAUUGAAUAGACGAUAAUUUUAUUGGCUUUGUUGAAGAACAAUUUGGAGAUCAAAUAUUUGUUGAUAUCAAAUGCUCUAAUUGAGUAACUGGAGUAGAUAUGUGCAAUUUUUUAUUCUACUCAAUUUAAUUUUUAUGGGGGCCAAAUUAUCUUAGAUUUCAUUUGUAGCUGCUAACUGGAAUGAUGGGUUGCAAAGAGUUUGGAGAAGGCUUGAUCCAAGAAGAUUACUUAUAUUGGCAUGAACCUCUUGCAUAAUUAUGACCUCAAUUCCUCAUUCAAGAUGUUAGCUUGAAUUGGGUGUGUAUUUGCAAUACUUUCUUAACUACUGUCAUGCCGGAGAUUUGUUUGAAAUUUUCUGAGUCUUACUUUCCUUUGUCCAAGUGGAGUUAGUUUCCAAAGCUUAAAAUAGAGGGGCGCAUGUUUGUACAUCCAGUAAUUACUUCUCUACAGAACCAGUAUUUCUGCUAUUUUAAUGGUUUGAGAAAGUAUCGAUGGAGAAGACAAACAAAAGAGAAAAGAUUUGAAUCAAAUAAGAUCUUGAUACGUCUAGCUAGACUUGUGCCUGUUUUUAUGUAACAUCUAAUUUGAGACAUUUUAUGGAAAUAACCUCUUCCUUAUUCACAUCUUAGAUAUUUUAUGGGCGGAACUUCUUCCUUGUUUACAGCUAAGAUGGGGGUAAUGUACUCCUGAGGUUGACUUGAAUCUGUAGAUAUGUUUUCAUGCUCUGCUAACUGGGAGAUCACUUACCGAAAGACUAUUUGGUAUGAUGUAGUUUGACAAUUAAGGCAAGCUUUAAAGAAACAGAAUCAACAUUUGCAAGUUAGGCUUGCCAUGGUUCACCCCUUUAGGCAUCUAGUUCUUUGUUGUUGACCACUUCUGAAUGAAUGUUUCCUUCAUCGUCUUGUCAGUGGUAUAGAUGCAUAAUUUAUUUUCAUUCUGUGUUGUGACCGAUUCAUGUUUUGUGCUUCAGACAUAAUGAAACCAGAGGAUGUUGGGCUCAUCAGGGAUCUGCACUUCUUUAAGACUAAACGUGAACAAAAAACAAAUGCACGAGUAGUUUAUACGACCAUCUACAAAUGCCAGAAUUUCUCGCUGUGCAUUUUUUUCCUUCCAGAAGGUGCAGUGAUUCCCCUUCACAACCACCCAGGCAUGACUGUAUUUAGCAAGCUUUUACUUGGAACAAUGCACAUUAAAUCUUAUGAUUGGGUUGACCCUACAGCAUCAGAGUCCAGUCGAUCUCUUUCACGAUUGAGAUUGGCACGACUGAAGGCUAACCGCAUCUUUGAAGCCCCAUGUGACACGUCUGUUCUUUAUCCUACAUCUGGAGGCAAUAUUCAUGAAUUUAGGGCAAUAACACCCUGUGCCGUACUUGAUGUGAUUGGACCCCCUUACUCGAAAGAAGAUGGCCGAGAUUGCUCCUAUUACAAGGAUUCUCCCUGUGAUGCUCCUCUAGAGGGAAAAGAGAGUGACAAUCGCUAUGCAUGGCUGGAGGAGAUUGAAAUGCCAAGUGACUCAGAGAUGGAUGUCAUUGAGUACUUAGGACCCAGCGUUUCUCUUACUUAG